UGCCAGGUUCAGUUCAGUGUGACUGUUGGGGUUGCCUGCUUGCUCUACUUGCGCACCUGCCAGCCUCUCUCUCUCUCACCAGCCCCAUGGCGCAUUCCCAGAUGCCUUGCCCUCUCGUCGUCCUUUGCUCCCUCCUGAUGCUGCCCACGGUGCUACUGCAGGUGGGAGUGCCAGGGGGUCUUUCCCCCGCAUCUGUCACAGAUGAGGGGGUGCAGAACGCUGCCGCCUUUGCCGUGGAGCAGUACAACGAGCGCAGCGACAACACCAACUAUUUCAAAGUGCUGCGUAUUGUGAAGGCAGAGACCCAGGUGGUUGCAGGCGCAAAAUACUAUCUUACGGUGGAGAUAGGGGAAACCGUGUGUGAAAAGAGCAACGGGCCAAUGACGUACAGCGAAAUCCAGAACUGUGAACUCCUUCCACAAGGGAAGAAACUAACCUGUAACUUUGAAGUCUGGUCCCGUCCUUGGCUGAAUGAAAAUCAGGUGACAAGCAUGAGCUGUUUCUAAUCUGGGUGACUCAGGUGGACCUCACCUGCCGAGACCGACGUGGGCAAAUGAUUCUGAGAGCGUCUAGCAGCCAAGCGACCUCUUGGGUGCAGCUUAGUGUCUUCCAACAAGAUCCCAUGUAUGGCCGUUCGCAAAUCAUGAAUGAAAUGGUUCAUUUAAGUCCAAAUUCAAGUUUUCUGAGUUUCUGAAAUGGUUCCGUGACAUACAUGGGGGCCUUUUCUCGCUUCUCAGUUCUAUCCUCUGUUCUAUAAUUUUCAUCUUCGAGAAGGCAAAUCAAUAUUUUGUUAAUUCAGCUAGUCUUAAUAAAGCGAUCAUCACUUGUU